UUUAUGAAUGAAACCAUUCGCGGUAGUAACUUUGUUCAGAACAACUCAACCAACAUAAGUGACCUCGUGCUGAGCUGGAAAAUAUCUCAACUCACUGCAGAAUGUUUGAGAAAUGAGGAGAAUUCCUUUCAAUGUUCUCCUGCUCUGGAAUUCACGUCGGAAGAGGAAUAUAAGAAAUUCUUUCGACAGUUGAUUCAGCACGAUCUCAAAUCGUCUAUUGUUGCUGCUUUAGAGAAUUGUCGAAAACAUUGGGAAAGAAAGAGUACAGUUAGAGAUAACUUGAGAAAAGAGGCGAAAUGUUUCAGUUUGGAAAAUGGCGCCACAAGUAUGUUUGUUUUCUCAGGUACCAUUCAACGCGCGCAACUACGAAAGAAAUACUUGUAUUUAGAUGUGUUACUAUUUCCGGAAAAAGAGUCUGUAGUGAAUAUCAAUGAGGGCGAUAUCUUGGUUGUUUUUUCUGGAGAUGUUUUCUCAUGGCAGACUUUAUGUGAAAGUUCUUUAUUUCUUGUUGACAGAGUUUUCAAUCAAAGACCAGAGGGAAGUCUUUUGAUUAGAAUUCGACUUCCUGAGUAUCAGAUAUCCUCUAUCAACUUUUCGUUACCUCCGUUAAAUGGGAAUAACUUUUCGGAAACUCGUCAACGCAGCCGUGAACAAGGUGAAAUAAGUGAAGUGUACAUCAAAGUUAUUGGUUCAGUUGUUACGGCAUCAAGAGAAUUUCUAGCAGUAGAGAAUCUAAGUAAAUAUGCUUUGAAAUUGGAGAUACUGAAACCUUCUCAAUGUGAAGGCUUACGUUUUUCUAUUGGAUGUUUGAAAGGUCCCAAUCCAAAAUUUCAAAGGAUUAUGGCAGUUGUAGAUAAAGUUAGUAGUUCGUGGCAAUUAAAUGCUUCACAAUAUGAAGCAGUUGCUUCCUGUGUAACUAGUUCAACUGGAUUUCAUUUAAUUCAGGGUCCUCCAGGAACAGGAAAGACAAAUACUUUGUUGGCUAUUCUCAAUGUACUUCAUGUAUACGGUUAUCAACUGUAUUAUGACAGCCUUAUAGAGAAUUGGUAUCAACGGAAUGGGCAUCAGACAUACUCUUUGGAUACAGAUUCUGUUUCUUCAAGUACUUUAUUGUCAGGCUUAUUAGGCUCAUUAGAUCAGACACUUGGUUCUCUUUCAAGAAGUAUAAGGAAGCCACGAGUAAUGAUUUGUGCGCCUUCCAAUGCAGCUGUGGACGAAGCGAUGUCGAAGUUAUUGCAACACAGCUUUGUUGACGUUGACGGAAAUCAGUAUCAGCCAGAAAUGAUUCGUAUGGGUGCCAAUGAACGCGUAUCAGAAGCAACAAAGGCACUAACUGCAGAAAGACAGGCACUUGUCUUUUAUAAUCAAUUUUGCUCGAAUUCUUGCAAUCAUGAACAAUAUUGUGUCGAUGAAGACUUGAAAAAGAAAUGGUUAGUUCAAUGGAAUGAAGAAUAUCGAAACUGUAGAAUGAGGUUUGAAAAAUGCUCCUCUAAAGAAAAGAAAAUGGAAAAUUAUGAAAGAUUGGAACAGUUGCAAAGAGAUUUGAAUAGACUUACCUUGGUAUUUUCUAAAGAGAGGUCAAAGGAUCAAAUUAUAUCCGAACUUACUUUAUCUUAUGUGAAAACUGCACAAAUUGUGUUUUGUACCUUGUCUGGAGCAUUUUUGUUGUUCUCUUUAAGUGGAAAUUCUGCCAUAUCGCAUACAAGGAAUCAAAUGGAUAAAUAUUUUUGGUUUGAUACAGUCAUUAUUGAUGAAGCUGCACAGGCAACAGAACCUGCGUGUUUGAUUCCAUUUCUAUUUCAGAUUAAAAGAUGUGUUUUAAUUGGUGAUCCUCAACAGUUGCCAGCUACAGUAUUUAGUUGUGGAGACUUGGGUACAGCUUAUGGUCAAAGUUUAUUGGAACGUUUCUGUCGAGUUGGUCGACCUGUUAUCAUGUUGGACACUCAAUAUCGAAUGCAUCCUGCAAUUAGUUUAUUUCCCAAUCAAUAUUUUUAUCAAGGUCUUUUGAAAAAUGACACUUCUGUGUGUAAUGACAACCGAUCACAUAUAUGUCACAGUGAUUUCUUGAAGCCUCUAUUAGGUCCUUAUGCUGUGAUUGAUAUUUCGGAUGGGAAAGAAUUUCGUUCUUCUUCAAGUGGCUCAUUUUAUAACGAAAAGGAAGCAGAUAUUAUAGCUCGUAUAUACAAAUAUUUUCAACACAAGUACUUACCAAAGGAAACUAAUGAAACGAAUACACCUUUUAAAAAGAGAGUUGGAAUUGUAACACCUUAUAGGCGUCAACUUCUAUCGCUCAGGCAAGCAUUUGAGAAACAUCAUAUUUCUUUGAGAGGCGUAGAGAUUGACUCUGUGGAUGCAUUCCAAGGCAGAGAAAAAGAUUGGAUAAUUCUCAGCUGUGUUCGAUGUAGUUUCGAAAAAGGAAUUGGCUUUGUUCGAGAUAUUCGUCGAAUGAAUGUUGCCAUAACUCGAGCAAAGUAUUCUUUACUCAUUGUUGGAAAUAUGAAAGCUUUAUCUCAUCAUUCAACAGAUUGGUUCGCACUGGUAGAGAAUGCCAAACAAAGAGGUGUAUUAUUGAAUGGGACAGCCAUUAUCGAGAAUUUGGACACUCAAAGAGCUGUGUCUAUAAAGGAACGAAAGCGUCCCUUAUACAAAAGCCGGUUCAGUCAAGCUGUAAAAUACGAAAAGCAUUCUUGAAAUAGUCUAUCUAUCCAUCUUUUGUUG